CCAUCCAAAACCGAUGAAACGCUCGGUUUUGUUCGCGCUAUUUCGGUCUUGGCGCGAAAAUUUGAAAAAUGCCGAUUUUCGAUUCUCCCAUAAGAACCAAUGUAAUCUGGGGGAAAACAAACUCAGGCUCAAAAUAGGAUAGGCCUUCUAAGUUCUAAAGCGUGAUUGCGUGACUUUCAUCAAGUGUUGAUAAGCGAAAAUGAUCCAACUGAAUGUUUUGAAUUAAUUUGAAUAAGUUUUUAAAAUUUAAUUUUGUUUUAAAUAUCUUUCUGGUUUUAAUAAUGUCUUUAGUAUUUCAGUUUUAAUUAUGUAAGUGAGCUGUGCUUUUUUAUUUGUUUGAUUGUUGUGCGGCGUGCGCAUCAUCUGAUUUUCCUCAAAGAUGCCUAAGCAGUGCAGUUUUAAGAACUGCAAAAACGUUCAAAUUUCCGGCUGUGAAAAAUCGUUUUUUCGAUUUCCCAAGGAUCCUGCCAUACAGAAAAUUUGGCUCAGCCAGUGCAACGUAACCGCCUGUCGAGACAACGGAAGGAUCUGCAGUGAUCAUUUUUCGACUGAUGACUUCGAAGAGCCUGUAAUCUUCAAGACAAGCAGAGGUCGGCGCUUAAAGAUUAAUGCUAUUCCCAACCUACUUUUAACUGCAUCUGUUGACAUUCCUGAAUCCCACAAAAGUACCAAGAAAUGCAUUGAGUUAUGCGCUGUAAAUGGGUGCCGACAAAGCAAGCUUACUACAGAACAAUGCCAGCUCCUUUUCUUCCAUUUUCCAAAAGAGAAAAAUUUGAAAAGAACAUGGAUUCAAUUUUGCAACCGGCCCUCUAAAUUUAAUGCGGACAGAUCAAAGAUCUGUCAAAACCACUUCAGUUCAAAGCAAUUUAGAAGCAAUGCUAGAUUAAAGAAAGAUGCUGUUCCAGAUUUACCCGAAGAUGUUCCUCAGAGUUCACCAUUUCAAGGAAGCUCAGAAGUUGAAGAAAGGGUUACAGGAGCAAUUACGUUUCCUGAACAGUGCAGUGUGUUAUCGGAGGUUAAUGAGGCGGAACAUAGUAGAUUACGAGAACCCAAACUUUCUACUUGCAGUUCAUUGCAAUCUUAUCAAAUCACAAGGGUUCAUCAUCUUGAAUCCACUCCUGCUUUAAAUCAAUCUAGACCUUUUCAUGAACCUAGUAAUUUAACAAGUAGUCAAUCUAGUCAUUAUGGGCCUAAACAGAUAUGUACCGAGUACACACAAGUCACUGUAAUUUCUGAGAGAUUUGAAAGAGACGAGCAGUUGCUUCAGAAGCAAUUUUCAGAAAUGGAAGAUCUGAAAAUUGCCUUAAACGAAGCCAACUCCAGACUGGAGAAAUUGUCCGUAGAUGUAACUUUUUUAAAAUCAAAAGAAGAAGAGCUUCUAAUGGAAAAUAAACGUUUAAACAAAACAUUAAAUGUGAAAGAGAAAAAAAUCAGUAGUUUGUCAAACCAAUUAGGAAUCAAGUGUAGGCAACUGAAGGCAGCUCUUCAACAGCACCAGAUGACUCGAGAAAGACAGUCAAUAACUAACAGACGGCGGCAGCUGAAAAUCUUGAAGGCUCAGCAAAAAGAUAAACACUCUAAAUUAUUGAAGAAAGAAUAUCUUCAAAAGUGUGCAGAACUUAAGAUUAAAUUAAAUAAAAUGAGUAAAAAUUUGAAAGCUGCAAAAAAUCCCAAUCAAACAAAAUUUCAUAACAAAGUCAAAAAUGUUCUUGCAAGUGUCUUGACGCCUAACCAGUUAGAUAUCAUUUUUAAGAAAAAAAAUCGAGCAAAAUGGACUCCGGAAGAAUAUUCCACUGCCUUAACCAUUAGAUACUUAAGUCGAAGGUGCUAUCUUUUUUUAAAGAAUAAAUUAAAUUAUCCACUUCCUGGGCUCAGUACAUUAAGAAGAUGGGCUUCUAAGAUAAAUUUACGGCACGGCAUCCUCUGGGAUGUUUUAAAUGUUAUGAAAAUUUCUGGUGAAACAAAGUCAGCUUUUGAUAAAAUUGCAGUCUUAACAUUUGAUGAAAUGAAAGUGGCUCGUUUCUAUGAAUAUUCUAAAAUAGAUGAUGAAAUCAUUGGGCCUCACAAUUAUGCUCAAGUGGUUAUGGUUAGGGGCCUUUUUGAUAACUGGAAGCAGCCUGUUUUUCUAGAUUUUGAUCUUAAAAUGACCAAAGAUUUACUUCUUAAAACAAUCACGGAAUUGCAUAAUAUUGGGUACAGUAUUGUCGCGGUUGCCAGUGACUGUGGUGGUGGAAACCAAGGAGUCUGGAAAGAGUUCAGUAUCAGUUCUGACAAGCCUUAUUUCCUUCAUCCUGUAACACAAGAGAAAGUUUAUCUUUUUGCCGAUGCCCCCCAUCUUUUAAAACUUCUGAGAAAUUGGUUCCUCGACACUGGGUUUAAGAUAGAUGGUAAGGAUAUUUGUAAGAGUCCUCUCGAAACGAUGAUCAAAAAGAAUGAAACCGAAGUUAGUUCCAUGUUUAAGCUGUCUGAAUUACAUGUGAAGUGUAGUAAAACCAAAAGACAGAAUGUGAGAUUAGCUGCAGAACUUUUUUCACGUUCUGUAGGAACAGCAUUAAAGCAGUACCUUCCUGGGGAUGAUAAAGAGCUUGCAAGACUAGUUGGUGAAUUCAUAACAUUAGUCAACAGGUGGUUUGAUUUGUUCAACUCUUAUUCUCUCACUGCUAAAGUUCCCUCUAAGAAACCUUUUGGUGUUUUGCUAGAGUCGCAGUUACAGACUCUUGAUGAAAUGGUUCGCACAGUUCAAAAUAUGUUAUGUAUUGGCAAAACCUGUCUUCAGGUCUUUCAAAAAAUGAUAAUACUUUCUGCUAAUUCACUCAAAGGCCUUUAUGAAGACUUGAAAAAAAAAUUUCAAACUGUUUUCAUCCUCACCCACCGCUUGAAUCAAGACCUAUUAGAAAAUCUUUUUUCCCAACUGAGAAAUGAUGGUGGACUAAACGAUCAUCCCUCACCCAUGACACUUAUUUACAGACUGAGGAGACUUCUUCUGUGCAAGAACCCAGGUAUGAUUCAAGAAAGUGCCAAUGUUAUCAUCCCCGAGGAGGUACAGUGUGACUUUCUUGUUAGAGAAACUUUUCAUCAGGCACGCUUGACAUUGCCAGAAGAUACAAUUGGUGAGAGACCUGAGGAAGAGCUCAUCAUAUCCGAAGACAUCGAAAGUCUCAACGGUUCAGCUACGACUGUAUCAAUAUCUGAGAACAUGACUUUUGUAGAGAGGGACGGUCUCAUUUAUCUUGCAGGUGCUGUAGCAAGGAAACACAAAGUGCUUUUUCCUUAUCUUGGAAAAUAUACGAAAGAUUUAGAGGUUCCGUUCCAAGAGCACAGUUAUUGUUUACCUUCAUGGAUUAGCCAUUUAUCCUUUGGAGGCUUAAUUGAGCCCUCUGAUCAGUGGUACUCAGAGGUAUUAUCCAUGGAGAAAUAUUUUCGUAAAUUACAUAAUGAAACUUUCAAGUUCAAGAAAAAUAUCACAGAAAAAACCACAGCUUAUGUAACAUCCAAAAUAAGGAAUAAAAAUAUUGACAUUGACCCUGUGCUCAUAAAAGCUUUUUGUUCGACUAGAAUUUUCAUUAGAAUAAGGUUUCUUAACUUCCGAAGAGUGCAGAUACUUUUGAGAAAGAAAGAGGAAAAAGCAGCAUUAGCAGAGAAAGAGCGAAAAGAGAAAGAGCUAAAAGAAAAAGAGCUAAAAGAAAAAACUGAUCUGUCUUCCACAACUCAACAAAAUUCUGAGAAGGGAAAUGAAGCCAAAACAGCUAGUGACAAAUCUUCAGAGAAAAAAGUUGUUGACCGGAAAGGAAGGAAAAGAAAAUCCACAGUCGAUAGGAAAACUGCCAAAAAAAUGCGGAGGAUAGUGAAAUGAGACCAUCAUGUAGGGGCAGCAGUGUUAGCAUAGGUAGUCUCAUAACGGAUGACAGCCACUAAAAGUAGUGAUUUACAUAAUCUAAUCUUAAUCUUUACCAAUUUCUACCGUACUGAAGUUCCUAUCCAUUAUGGUUAAAUUUGACGAGUUCCUAUCUAUUAUGAUUAAUGCAGCUCUUAGGGUGUGUUCAUUCAUUUGCUCAGUACAUACAUGCAAGUCCCAGUCCAAGACCAUGAAAAAUGUCCUUACAUGACCUCUUAUCUGUAAAAUUAAACGUUGCCUUAAGAAUUUUUUUGUAACAUGAACACUCGUCGUGGUGUCUUCUUAUUGCAUUUGCUCCUUUUUUCAAUGCAAUAGCAAACAUUGAACAUAAAUAGUAAAUGAUACACCAUGAGAAGUUUUUUCAGCUUGAUGGUCGGCUUCCGCAAGGUUAUUGUACUGUCUGGUGAAAUGAUUUUUUAUUUAAGUAGGUACUUAUUUAUUGAAUGGUAAAUUAUAACGCAAGAGAAAGUAUAUUUUGGUUAUUUUUCUGCCAAGUGUUAGAGAAAUUUUUUUUAAAAAGUUAAAUGUAAUGAAAAUGAAAUGACUUAUGUUUGGGAUGCAUAAGGCUUUAAAAAAAUAUUCUUCAUGAGACAUCAUUUGUGAGAUUACUGUUUACUGAUAGAGGCUGAAAUUUUUCCAAGAUAUAUUUUUUAAAUAAAAUGUAUGAAUGAAAAAUAAGUCCAAAAACAAAAGGGAUUUUGAGCUCAGACGGCAAGUCAUUGUACAUAAUUGUAAUUUUCUGUUUGAUAUUUCUGUAUGUGGACUCCAAUUUAAAUUAGAAUCUAGCGUCGUUAUCCCUAGAUAUUUUGCUUCUCAGACAUCUACAGUGACCACCCUCACAGUCCGUCUGAUGUACCUGUAAGUAAAAUAAAGUUUUCUGGCAACGUGUCGCCUUGUAAGACAAAAGGAAGGCAUAUUGACUUGCUUGUGUUGACUAAAAGCAAACCAAGGGACAACAGUGGUUUUCAAGGUGCUAUCUUUUUCUUAUUUUUUGUCAUCUAAAUUGAUUUUUUGUUUUCAAUGUUCUGAAGUGAUUUCAAUUUUAAAUUUAUUGAUUAAAUACAUGAAUAAAAUCUAAAAGCUCUCCAGUU